AUGGGGUGUCCGAGAGUAAUUCGGUCAGACUUUGGAACUGAAAAUGGUACAGUUCGACAAAUGCAACACUUCAUGAGAACUAAUUGCCAAGAUGCGUUUGCAGGAGACAGGAGUUUUCUUCAAGGUACCAGUAAAAGCAAUCAGCGCAUCGAAUGUUGGUGGAGUGUAUUUCGGAAACAUUGCACUCAGUAUUGGAUGAACUUAUUUGAAGAACUUAAAGAUGAUGGUCAUUUCAGUGGCGAUUUUCUGGAUACAUCUUUAAUACAGUUGUGCUUCAUGAAUCUAAUCCAGGAUGAUAUUGACACUACCGUGAAGGAGUGGAACUCUCACAGAAUAGCUUCAUCAAGAAAUCGGCAUGGUCCAUUCGGUCGACCUAUGGUGAUGUACACAGUGCCCCAACUGUAUGGAACGCAAGAUUAUACUGUUCCUGUACAGCAUGAUGAAGUAGAAGUAUGUGAAACUGAGUGUCAGUUUAAAAGUCGAUUUCCAUGUGACAAGGAUGUGUUUAAACUGUGCACUCUUCUGAUGAAUGAAGCAGGCAUUGAUAAGCCAAGUAACGCUGAGCAAGGACUUCAUCUAUAUCACUUCCUUAGAAGAACUCUACUGCAACAAAUAUAA